AUGCUAGCGACGUCCGGGGAGCAGUCGCUGGCACUGCAGCUCGGCCAGGCCCUGCUGCCGCCGGCCGCCGGGCUCGCCUUCACCGUGCUGCACCCGGUGGUGGUGCGCCGCGUGGCGGCGCACCUGCUGCCGGCUGGCUUCGAGGGCGUGCUGCGUCUGGAGGAGCCGGCCCGGCUGGGUCGCUGCCGCCACUCGAAGUCACCGGUACCGGGCCUGCUGCACGUCACCGCCCUGCUGACAACCGACGGCCGCCUGGUGAAGCUCGGCCACGAGCCGCUCUGCUGCCCGCUUCGGCUCGUCUUCACCGUCCACGAGCCGGCGCGGCUGGCAGAGCUGUUAGAGGGCCGACCGGCGAGCUGCCACCGGGACGACGGUGGCGCCGCCCAGCGGGCGCUAGCGGAGGAGGCGGCCGAGCACGGCGACCUGCUCUUGCUGCCCGGCGUCGAUGUGUACCGCCGUCUGCCCGACAAACUGCUCGGCUUCUUCUCCUGGGUCUCCACACACAGCUCUGCUGACUGGGUCAUCAAAUGUGACGACGACGUGAUCCUAGACCUGCCGCGGAUACUGAAGAACAUUCCAAAACGCACCGGCAGUGACCUCUGGUGGGGAAACUUCAGGUACAACUGGCCAGCGAACCGGUACGGCAAGUGGGCCGAGUACGUGUACCAGGCGGAGGUGUAUCCGCCGUUCGCGUGUGGCACGGCCAGCCUGCUCUCGAUGGACGCGGUGCGCCGGCUGGCCGCCAGUGCUCAGCAUCUAACCAGGUUCCAGGGCGAGGACACGUCGCUGGGCAUCUGGCUGUCGGGCCGGUCCGUGCGCCGCGUGCCCGACGCGGACUGGUGUGGUUAG